AUGGCAGAUGACAAAGGAGCAUAUUUAACUUUUGACAAUGCGUCCAAUGGAUCGCUUUUCAUCGUGUGGAGAAAGGAGAAAGUCGACAACGCCCUUAUGUUUAUAAGACCAACGAAAGCUGUACCUGAGUUUAAAUUCACUAGCAACAGCGGGAAAUCAGAGCUGAUAAGGAAUUUACAAUCUGACAAGAAGCUGUUUUAUUCUGGGCUUUGCCAGUUCAUCAAAAGGGCGAAGGAUAUCAAGGGGGAGGUGACAUUGCUAGCGCAUUUUAAUGACACUUUCCCGAUAAAGGUGAAUGUCUAUUUUUUAAAAGGAAACAAUGUUUUGCCCCUUAGCGUAGGUGUGUCUUUCGACUUAGAUGGAGUCGAUGCAGUAAGCGUCUUGCCACAGGGAUCGAGUUCGUUGCAAGUCAAAACGAUGAAGAAGGAUAUGUUUGUGAGUAGAGGAAAUACAGAGGGAGCUAGCAUCUCGUUCUAG